AUGGCCGCCGCGGGGUCUCAAGUGAAAGAGCUUGCCUCGCAGCUCUACGACGCCUGUGCAGAGCAGUUCGACGCGGACCACUCUUUCUACCAACAGGACCUUCUCAGUGUCUCGGUCAUUCCCAAUGAUGAUGUUAAGCUCCUACUGGAGUGCGCCCAGUUCCUGGUUAAUCAGAAACUGUUUCGACUUCUCGAAGGCCAGAACAAGCGCCUCGUCUGGCGCAUUGUCGCCCGCGAAGAUGCUGAAAAACUCCAGAACCUCAGCGACGAUGAAGGUUUAGUCUUCGGUGUCAUCCACUCCAGUGGCCGCUCCGGCGUCUGGAUUCGCAACAUUCAGAAUCGGACUAACCUACACAAAUCUAUCCUUGACCGCUGCCUGAAAUCGCUCGAAGGCAAAAACUACAUCAAAACCGUCCACAAUGUCAAGCAUCCCACAAAGAAGAUGUACAUGCUGGCCGGCCUGGCACCAAGCGAGGACGUUACCGGAGGCGCAUGGUUCACCGAUGGUGUGCUAGACGCAAACUUCAUCAACAGUGUCGCCGGAUAUAUCGAGUACACCGUCAGCCGCAAGAGUUGGUACGAAGGAUCCGCCGACCGCGGUCGGUCCAACAAGCGGAUCAAGACUAUCAGCGGCAAGGCCGAUAUCAAGCCGGAGUCUUCAGAGAAAGUUUUCCUUCCUUACCCUGCCAACUACACUGGAUAUCCAACUCCCGAGGCCAUCACCCGCGCCGUCAACGAGAGCGGUAUUACUCCGGUCCAGCUCACCCCGGAGAGUAUCAUUCAACUCCUGCAUAUGCUCUGCUUCGACAAGAAGCUUGUCGCCCUUAAUGACGGAAAAUACUACAAAUCCCUAAAAGACCCGGAAGCCGUCAAGGCCAACCAAGCUCGCAAGCCACUGGAUGGUGGCGAUGAGCCUCAAUCUGCCAGGGACCUGGGAAAGAACGGUAUGACCGAGUCACCCUGUGGUCCGUGCCCAAGCUUCCGGCUCUGCACUCCCGGUGGAGCCAUCAGCCCGGAGACCUGUGAAUACUUUGAUCCUUGGUUUGAGAAGAACCUCGGGUUCUAA